AAGAUCCAACAACACCCCAUCCAUUUGAAAAGGAGGAGUUGAGAAUGGCGUUCAAGCACCAGCUCAUCCUCUCGACCGCCAUCCUGCUCGCCGUACUUGCCGCGGCGUCGGCCAGCUUCAGGGACCGAUGCGUCCCAGGGCGGGAGAUCCCAUACGAGUCGCUUAACGCCUGCCGCGAGUACGCGGUCAGACAAACAUGCGGCUACUACCUCUCCGCCGAGAGGCUGAAGAGGCAGUGCUGCGACGAACUGUCCAAGGUCCCGGAGUUGUGCCGGUGCGAGGUGCUGCACAUCCUCAUGGAUGGGAGAGUGACUAAGGAGGGUGUGGUUAAGGGCAGCCUCCUCAAGGACAUGUCCGGAUGCAAAAAGUUGACGAGGGAGUUCAUCGCGGGCAUCGUCGGGCGGGAGGAGUGCAACUUAGAGACUGUCUUCGGGCGGUACCAUUACUGCCCGACCCAAUAUCCUGAAGUGGUCGUGUAACUUUAUAAAUAGCUCGAGCGUGAAUAAGCUUGUUGCUCGAUCGAUGGACUAAUCGCAUAUGUGUAUCUAUGCGCAUGUGCGGAAAAUAUGGCAACAAAGAGCAUCCGAGAGGAUGAUGUUUAUCUUCUGUUAAGAUGUGCGGCAGUUAUACUAGUGCAGAAAAGCUUAUAUAUGGUGUGUUUGAUUGCCGUGCU